AUGCGAUUCACAGCCCUGGUACUCGGUCUCUUGGCCUACCUGGUGUCCUCCGUCACCGCAACCGCCCUCACCUACCGACUUGAGGCCAACGAGAAGGCCUGCUUCUACAAGUUCGUCGAGCAACGGAACACCAAAGUCGCAUUUUACUUCGCUGUCCAAUCCGGUGGCUCCUUCGAUGUCGACUACGCUGUCGUUGGUCCCGGCGAGAAGCCCGUCCUGGACGGCACGAAGGAGCGCCAGGGCGACUUCGUCUUUACAGCCCAGAGCGUAGGCGAGUACCGGUUCUGCUUCAACAACGAGAUGUCCACGUUCGCCGAGAAGAUGGUUGACUUUGAGAUCGCUCUCGAGAACGAAUCCCGCGCCGAGCUCCCCUCCCGCCAGGGCGCGAACCCCGAACAAGCCUCCGCAAUCGAAGAGUCCAUCUUCAAGCUUUCCGCCCAAUUGUCCACCAUCUCCCGUAACCAGAAGUACUUCCGGACGCGCGAGAACCGCAACUUUAGUACGGUGCGGUCAACGGAGCGCCGGAUCUGGAACUUCAGUGUUAUCGAGGGCCUGAUGAUGGUCUCGAUGGCGGGACUGCAGGUUUUCAUUGUUCGGUUCUUUUUCCAGGGCGCUAGGAAGGGUUACGUGUGA